AUGGCGAGUUUUGUAAAGAUCGAUUCAACAAAUCUUGUAGCAGAUGGGUACAAUUCCUCAUGGAAAUAUCAAUUCCCAGGCUCAGCAGCUGACUUCAGGGAUGUUGUUUGUGCGAUUCAAUCAAUCAGUCUCUUCAACAGCGAGUACAACAUCGAUUCAAUCCAAUUUCAGAACACGAUCUUCCAGGUUGAGGCUCCAACGGCCGCAACCACUUCUACGAUUAGCAUAACGCUUCAAGAUGGAUACUAUAGUUAUGAUGAUAUCAAUCGAAACAUUCAGACAGCUCUAGUGAAUGCAGGAGCCUAUCUAAUUGAUGCUACAGGAAAUAACGUAUUUUAUAUUAAAUUAAGUGAGAACAGUGUCUACUACGCGGCACAGGUAGAUUUCUCUCCGACUCCGUCAAGUCUUCCUGUCGGAUAUACGAGGCCUGCUACAGGUCUAUACUCAUCUGGAGGUAGUGGUUUACCUACAACGACUCGCGUUCCUCGUCUGAUUAUCAAUAAUGCUGCAUUUGGUUCGGUUGUUGGUUUGUCCGUCGCUACUUAUCCACCUACAUCAGCAACAGUUGCAAGUGCUCAAUUAUCCAAUGAGGUGAUGCUGGUAUUGGUCAGCUAA